AUGACAAACUCGACCUGGCUCCAAACCGACAUCACUCCAAACUGGAAUCCACUGGAAACAUGGGUCGUCGGUGUGGGUCUGUUCUUGUUUGUGUGCCAGCUAGGCAUGGCAUUGUUGCUCGUCGUCGAGCGGGAGUGGAAGCCGUUCAAGGCAAAGCAACCGGUCGUGCUGCUCGUCUGUGUUUUAUCGGCAAUCCUUUCGUUUCUCGGAGAAAUGCAUGCAAUACUGUUGCUGCCGCAGGAGGCAUGCUACUUUUGGAAGCAAUGGGCUCUCAUAGCACUUGGACUAUGCUUGUGUGCUUCCGCGCACCUGUAUCGCUUUUUCACGCGAUGGGUGGUCUUGAAAAUUCUGACGUCUCAACUCAUUAGCAUUUCGAAAACGUUCCAUCGACGGGCUUUCCAGCUAGCUGGUGCCCUCCUCAUCUUCCUGCCAGUGUUGGUGUCGAGCGUCGCUAUGGGCACGGUUGUUGAAAUUACCAUUCAGCCGGUCGUGAUGGCGAAUGGCGAGCUGAUGAAUGUUUGCUCCUCGACACACAAGACGAUGCUCUACACUGUCAACCUGGCCAUGGGCAUUUAUUUCUGUAUCCUCGGCACAUGGUGGACGUACACCCUUCGCAACGUGCGCGCAGCGUUCAACGAGUAUCGUAGCGCUCGGCCUGGCAUAUUCUGCUCAAUGCUUUGUCUUGCUGGGUACUUUACCGCAAGGCUGCUUUUGGACAAUGCCAAAUUCUACAACCGUGCACUCAAGCUGGCGUUGAACGCUGGCGUCUCAACGCCGAUUUUUGUUGCCAUUGCCGGUGGCGUCGUUUGGGACUGGCUUACGCGCCGCGACCUCGCCGAAAAGGCUUUUGAAGCCGGCAUGGCAAUGACCAUGCUCUCGCGCGCGCCGUUGCGAGGUCGUUCAUCCUUGUCACAGGAAACCCAGGCCACCUCGAGUCGAAAAUCUUCCGUUGCAAGCAGCGCCGACUCUACACGCAGUGCGCCGCUACCAGAACCGACAGAAUAUGCUGUGGAAGUCGAGGACGAGGACGAGGUUGAUCUCGAGUUGGAAUUGGGUCUUACGCCGGCCGCUCCAUCGGCAGUGUCGACUCGCUGA